AUGUGUUAUGUUGGCAAAGCUACUAAGAUCUUCAUCUUCAUUGUUACCGUUUUGGUGGUUCUUGGUCUAGUUCUUGGCUUUGGAUUUAUGCGUCAUGGCCUCCAAAAAUCCCACAAGUGCUCCGGCAACUCCUGUUUUUCCCCUCCGGUUGUCUUUCCCAAUCCCAAUUCCGCCACUCCCGGCGGCGCCGCCCCCAUCUCGGCCUCCAAUCAACCGCAGAACCCACCAAACCCACCAGAUUCCAAUCCCAACCCACCACCUCAAAAUCCGAUUCCGGCUUUUCCACCUCCAUCUGAAGCUACUCCGGCUUUUCCACCUCCAUCUGACGCUACUCCGGCUUCUCCGCCUCCGCCUGACGUUAUUCCGACUACCCCACCUUCGCCUGACGUUAUUCCGACUUCCCCACCUCCGCCUGAUACCAUCCCGAAUCCCUUACCGCCGCUGCCGGCAUCUCAAUCUCCACCUCCUCCAGAAACCGAAGCGUCGCCACCAUUAACUCCACCCAGUACGACGCCGGUGAGUCCAGGUCCAAUGCAUGUUCAGCUGCGAUCGUCGAUUCGUAAGACCAAUAAGAAGUUCUGA